UUCAGAUUUAUAACCAGUCACAGCAACAGUACUUAUCAUAAGCACUUGAAUUAACACAGAGUGCUACAAAUACCUCCAAACCUUUAAGUUAGAAGUUUAAGGUUUCAAAUUGAAGAAUCUUGGUGAGAUUUACUCAGCUCAAUUUUUAGGGAAACAAGUGAAAAUCGAGAAAGCAGUGAGUUGUUACCGCUUCUGUCAGUUAAACGUCAAAGUUUUCCCGCGGUUUUGCGGGGUCGAAAGAGUCUGUAGAAAAAAGGUUUUACACCAUGCGUCUGUUUUGGAGGGUUGAGAUGUGGUGCAGGAGGCAGGCUGCGGCUGCUAUGCUGCCUUUUCUUCUGGUGGGCUGGCUGACCGGCGAGUCUUCUGAGGCUCUCACCACAUUUGGGAAGAGUAACACACAACCGCCAAAGGAAGUCGUACCCACAGCGCCGCCUGCUCGAGCGUGCGGGAAGCCGUCUGACUGCGCUGGCAUCAGUAGCAGCUCCUGUGUCAGAACCCACUACGACUCCACCACCAGAUGCCUCUGUGGGGACAACUCACCGCCGGUCAACGGGCAGUGCGAAGCGCAAACUAAAUCUCUCUACCACAUCUGUAGCAACAGCGACGAAUGCAACGAUGGGUUAGUCUGCGCGACUCCAAACAUCACGGGCACCCCUCCGCCGCACCUCCGAAUGUAUCUGACGACCGAGCGACACACGAUCUGUCAGUGUGACGCAGAAAACGGGUUCAGGGAGCACGAACACUCUUGCAGUGAUGCUAUCUUAAAGCUGAAUAAACUCAGAAGACAUAACAGGGCGACCCUGAUGGAUCCAAAACAUACAGCGGUCGAAGGCGAUGAGAGAGCCGACAGUCUAGCGAAACAAGAGUCAGAAGCGACACCUAUUCGGCCUGACUCGAUAGUACCGAUAGUACACAUGGCCACGAGGCAAUACGUAUCCAAGACGCAGAAGCAAUGGGAAAGCAAAAACGAUGCUGACAUACUGAAAACUUCAGUUUUCGCCGUGAUCAUCGUGUCCUGCAUAAGAAAAAUCCUCGUUUACUAAGUUUUGUAAUUUUUACUCAAAAUCAUUAAAUAUUUAGUUUCAAUUGAAAUAAAAAAAGUUAUAAUUUCUUAGGUUGUUGUGCAUUUUAGCAGUGUGAUAUUUAGUAAAAAAAAAGCUUGAUUCUGAAAGAGAUUUAAUUAAUUAGUUCUUGUUAUUAAUUAACAAACAUUAAAAUCGAUACAAAGUUUAAAACUAGUUGAGCAAUUUGUCAUAGAAUUUAUAAAUUGUUAGUGUUUCAUAGUUUUUGCAAGUUGUAGUACCUACUUACAUUUUAGUGUAUUAAGAUCAAGUACAAUUUAAAAUCAUUCCUAAUCAAUUCAUAUUGUGAUAGCUUUUAGUAGAUUUAAAACACUGGAGCGAGUGAUUAAGCUUUAAAAUGAUAUUUUUCAUUUUUAUUAUAAUGCAUCUUUAAACAUUUUAAGCUUUGUUAUGUAAUCUUUUUAAUUAGACCAAAAAUUAAAACAUUAAAAGGUUUUCAAAUGCUAUUUCCGUAUUUUAUGUAAAUUAGAUAUAGUACCUACUAAAUCAAUAAGAUAUUUCUAUGUAAUAAUUUAAUAUAAGUAAACUAAAUAUAAAAAAUAGUUUAGAACCAUUUCGAACACGCUAUAAAAUAGCAUUUUGCACGAUUUUAAUCAUUUUAAUGACAAAAAAAUAAAGAUGGCGUUGUCAUAGGCUUUUCAAUAACUUGUCGAUUGUUUUUUACGAUAACAAAAUUAUAGAAAUCUACUUUAAGGAAUUAAUUGUUAAAAAGUACGUAAAAUGUGUUUUAUUGAUAGUGUAGGUAUGUAGUAGACACGCAAUUUUGGUAUAAAAAGUAAAUAAUAUACUUAAGAAGUUGCUAGAACUACGUCCUUAGAAAAUCGAACACCAUUUAUGUGCCUGCAAUGUGUAACAGAUUUCGUCCACUAAUGUAAUUAAAUGUAAAUAUUU